GCGCGCUGACGUAGUGACGGAGCGCCGGUGGCGGCGCUGUCAUGGCGGAGUUCCGUGCGCUGGGGCUGGCGCCGUGGCUGGCGGAGCAGGCCCGGCAGGUGGGGCUGGCGCGGCCCACGCCCGUGCAGGCCGCCUGCAUCCCGCCCGCGCUGCAGGGCCGCGACUGCCUGGGCUGCGCCAAGACCGGCAGCGGGAAGACGGCGGCCUUCGUGCUGCCCGUGCUGCAGGCGCUCUCCGAGGACCCCUACGGCAUCUUCUGCCUGGUGCUGACCCCCACCAGGGAGCUGGCGUACCAGAUCGCCGAGCAGUUCCGCGUCCUGGGGAAGCCCCUCGGCCUGAAGGACUGCGUCGUGGUGGGCGGCCUGGACAUGGUGGCACAAGCACUGGAGCUCUCCCGCAAGCCCCACGUUGUCAUCGCGACGCCUGGCAGGCUGGCAGAUCACCUCCGCAGCUCCAACACCUUCAGCCUUAAAAAGCUCAAGUUCUUGAUUAUGGAUGAAGCUGACCGGCUGCUGGAGCAGGGCUGUGCCGACUUCACUGCAGACCUGGAGGUGAUUCUGGAGGCUGUUCCAGCACGCAGACAGACCUUGCUGUUCAGUGCCACGCUGACCGACACGCUGAAGGAGCUGAAGAGCCUGGCUGCCAACAGACCCUUCUUCUGGGAGGCCGUGUCCGAGGUGCGGACAGUGGAGGAGCUGGACCAGCGGUACUUGCUGGUACCCGAGGCGGUGAAGGAUGCGUAUCUUGUCCACUUAGUCCAGACCUUCCAGGACGAGCACGAGGACUGGUCCAUCAUUAUCUUUACUAAAACCUGCAAGGACUGCCAGGUCCUGAACAUGAUGCUCAGGAAAUACAGCUUCCCUUCUGUAGCUCUGCAUUCCAUGAUGAAACAGCGGCAGCGAUUUGCAGCUUUAGCAAAGUUCAAGUCCAGCAUCUUCAAGAUUCUCAUUGCCACUGACGUUGCUGCCAGAGGUUUGGACAUUCCUGCAGUCCAGGUUGUCAUCAACCACAACACUCCCGGCCUGCCCAAGAUCUACAUUCACCGUGUUGGCCGGACAGCGCGUGCGGGCCGGAAAGGCAUGGCCAUCACACUGGUGACGCAGUACGACAUCCAUCUCGUGCAUGCUAUUGAGGAAGAAAUCAAGCUGAAGCUGCAGGAGUUCUCUGUGGAGGAGAAGUUCGUGCUCGACAUCCUCACCCAAGUGAACGUCACCAGGAGGGAAUGUGAAAUAGACCUGGAGGGAAUGGAUUUUGACGAGAAGAAAGAGAUAAAUAAGCGGAAACAAAUGAUCCUUGAGGGGAAGGAUCCAGAUCUGGAGGCCAAAAGGAAGGCAGAGCUAGCCAAGAUCAAGAAGAAGAACAAGCAGUGCCGUGAGAAGGUGCAGCAGGUCCUGCAGAAGAGGAAGCAGCUGCAGCUGAAGAGGAAACUGCAGAAGAAGAUGGAGCGGCGGAACAGGCGCGUGAAGGAAGAGGAAGAACAGCCCUCGGCCUGACUUGCUUGGCUCGGACUGCCCUGAUGUUGCUGCUGCUUUGGGAGUGCUGGGACCUAAUGUGUUCUAAUGUGGACACUUCUGACCUGACACUGUUGGGAAGGUGGGAGAGGGGAGAAGAGAAGCCUCCAUAAACCAGCUUGUGGGCACAAGGCCUCCCUGGCAGGCUGGCUCUGUCUCCUACAGGAGUGUCUGUCAAGAGCACGUUUCCUUCCUCCAGCAGAGGUGAGGCCAGAUCUGAGCUCUUGGUGACACAAAGGGAAAUAAAGCUCCUGUCUCUUCCCCCUCCA